UACGGGAGAACUCGUCUUUCCAUAAGUUGCGUUUCUGUCAACCCCUCGCUGUAAACUUCCAAAGCUCCCCCCCGCCCCCCGAGUCAGUUAGCCCCCAUGGCUCGUCCGAAUGAAAUGCCCUCUUCUUGUCGGGACUCUCCGUUGAGCGUUCACCCGGCUAACAACGCUGCGUUAGCUUUAGCAUUAGCCGUCGGUUCGUCGUCACUGACAUCACUAUUCUGACGUGAGCAAUCUUUCCUCCUAACUUGAGUUUCUGCCCGAACGGCGUUUAAAGGAAUUACGAUGCGACCAUGGAGACCGAGCGGAGCAACUGCAGGCCGAGUCCGGUGGACAAUAGCGAGUAGCUAGCCAUAGUAAGAUGACCGCUUUUUCAAAAAUAAAAAAAUAAAUAAAAACGAGGAGAAGUAGACUUGCUGUGGGAUUUUGGAGCAACGUUUUAAACGUUAAGGAUUCCCCAUCACAGCAACAGUAUGAUUGACAGCUGUGACCUCCCUGCAGGCUCUCACCCAUAAGGAUUAGGCCAUGUCCGGGAUCUUGUCUUCGGGUUCUGGGACCGGCACUGAUGACAUGGACCUUGAUACGUCCGAGGAUGUUCUCAACAAUGGCGCCUCUGUUGCUCCCGUGGAGCACCUGCCGACCAGCAACGAAGGCAUGUCUGACUUCUCCAACAGUGACAUCUCGCUCCCAGAAGUCUGCAUCACCACCAACUUUGAGGAGAGCAUGAGCCACGAGGUCCAGCAAGCCUAUAGAAUCUUCUCCAGCUUUCUCCUGGACAAGCACAAGGCAGUCGCUAGCCUGUUCCUUCACGCUGUCGGCCAUCAGGAGGCACAGUGCGGUGUCGGUGGUAUCUGUGCUCCGGGUCAGGCUAGGCUCAAGCAAUCCAUGUGCUUGCAGAGGAUGGAGGAGAAAUUUGUUGGCCAGGAGUAUCAGAGCAUAACAGAGUUUGUGGCUGACUUCAGGCUGAUGUUGGAGAACUGCUACCGCUACCACGGCGUGGACCAUUGGCUCUCCAAACAGGCUCAAAAGCUGGAGAUUAUGUUGGAACAAAAGCUCACCCUACUGUCCAGGACUCUUCGUGAGAAGACCACAUUGGCAGUGACCUCCAAAGGGCGUUUUGGCGCAGAGGAUGAGCGAGCCCAGGGGGGAACCUCGACAAGGAGGCGAUUGUCAUCUCGAAACCUGGCGACUAUCACUGUAGGUGGGCAUGAGUCGGUCAUGGUGCAGGCCCUCAGAAUGGAAGAGCAACAGAGGGCCAAGGAAGAAAAGAAGCAACGUGAGCUAGAGAAAAAAGAAGCGGAAGAAAUGUCGGCCAAGGCGGUGGAGGAGUGGGAGCAAACUUUGCUAUCGCAGGCGUCCCCCCAAACCAUAGACACUCUGUGGGAACUCCCUGCCAUCGGCCACUUCCUGUGUCUGGCCCAGACAGUGCUCAACCUUCCCGAGAUUGUCUUCUUUGAGCUGGAGCGCUGCCUGCUGAUGCCACGCUGCAGCAGCCUCCUGUCCAAGAUAAUGUCAUCCCUCCUGUCCCCGUGGCAGCGGCGGGCCACCUUGCACCGCCGGCCUGCUCUGCCGUACCGCCGCUGGGAGGCGGAGCUCAGGUUGUGCGUCAAGGGCUGGUACCGGAGUGUCGGCGGCGCCCGCAAUCAGCCAGCCCGGGCCCAGCAACUUGGACUUUGUCACCACUUUUUCCUCAACCUGGGCGAGGCGAGUCCCUUGGAGGAGAAGCCGUUCCACUCGCUGCGCUUCCACCAGCGAGUGUGGCUUCUCAAGGGCUUAUGUGACCACGUAUAUGAGACACAGAAGGACGUUCAGGAUGCCGUGCUGGCCCAGCCCAUACACGAAUGCAGGGAGUCCAUUUUGGGCUAUGACAGCAAAGAUAACGCUUACAUACAUUUCCCCCAUUUCUGUGGGGCAGACUUGAGAAUCUACUGCCAGAGUCCCAGCACACCGCCUGCUUUUCCUUUCCCUUCAGCAUUGGUGAGACAGGUUGAAAAACACACUGAAGAUUUUGAUGUACUGAAGGACGAGGAGGGAUAUCCUGGAAGUGCCACUCAGGUUGGUGAUACCUCUGGUGAUUUGGGGAAGACAUUGGAGUAUUUUACGAGGGAAAACGGGGAUGGACAGGAACAACAUGAAGAAAGGUUUUGGCCCAUGAUGAAAGAGGAAGAGAGGUGCGAGUCAGGGUCGUCGGAUGUAAACUCUAGUGAUGAGUUAAGCCGAAAGUGUCGCACUAGCUCCUUUGUCUCAAGAGGAUGCGGAAAACAAGAAACUGCAGAUAUAGACUAUCAAUGCACGACAAUAGAAGAGGACCUGUCCCUGUGCUCGGGGCAUCCCAUUAAAGUAGAGACUCAUGAUCCUUGUCUGAAUGUAGGGGAACACACGUACACGGGCAGGUCACCCGCUCGUUCCGCGGACAACACAUACUCAACAAGCAAACUCUUGGGCAUCAAAAUGGAGGGAGUAACCCUGAACACGGGACACCACCAAAUAGCUCCCUGUUUGGAAUGUGGCAGAGCUGUCAAAUCAGUGCGUCGAGGCUGUAGCUGCCCGUCUACUCACUGUGCGCAAAACUCCAGCGACGAAGACGAGGUCACCGGCAGAAUGUGGUUUAAAAAAAAUAAUUGCAAGAAAAAGCGAGGCACGAAGCGAGGCAGCAUUCAGGCAGCUGAAUCAUCAUUACAGGGAAUUACCGCAACCAUCCAGAGGAAAUAUAAAAGGAAAAAACAUCAAGAAGGACGAAAAAAGGUUCAAGCUGCAAAGAAAAUAGAAGAUGAGCCUUCCGUUGAGCCGUCUUUUAAGUUGAUUUGUACCAGUCUGCAAGAGUUGCGAGAGCUUAUCAGCAAAACAGAGGAUGAGCUUGACGACCUGGAGAGCACAAAAAAGAAGUUGGAUCGAUGGUACUUAAGUAAAGAAGCUGUGAAAGAUCUCCAUAGCACUCUAAUCAGACUACUGAAUGAGCUGUCACCCUGGGAACCAAAACUUGUGAGAGCCUACCAUAGAAACAGGCUUCGAUUGAAGAAGGAGUUUGAUGAUUUCAAGAGGCAUCCAGAGUACAAUAACUUUGUGCGAGAGGAAUGUAUGUCAUCAUCGUCAUCAGACGAAGAUGAAGAUAUGUCUUUGUUUUUUUGCCAACAAGGAUCAGAAGACGAACUAGAACACGUGGUUCCCAGAGGUCUUUGGACCAGAGCAAGCAGCGGGGACAUUGAAGCUGAAUCUAGUGGCGAGAGGUCACCAACCUUUGUAAUCACCAACCACCAAAAACAUCCAGAAACUGAUGAACAAGUGUCAAUAGUUCAGGCUGACAGCGGUAACACCACUUUUGUCCAGAACAAUGGUCCAAAGUCUAAAUGUGAAAUGAUAAAGUCAAACACCGACGGGGCUGCGGGAAAGCCAGUCCACUAUUCAUCGACAUCCAAAUUUUGUGUCGCCCACCCCACCUCUGGACUUCCCAAAGGGUACACGCCCAUUCCCACCCUGCUUGCUAAGAGUGUGGGCAACAAAGUGACCUUAAUGAAGCGGCCUGUUGAUUACUCAGGGUUUCACAACACAGAUAGACAAAGCAAGGGAUGUUCUAGCUCCGUGCCUACGUCUACAGCGGGGAACGCAAAACCACAACCACAAACUCCUCAAUCCACUUCGCUACAGAACUCACUACAGACACAAGGGAAAUGUGCAAUUAGACAAACAGGAAUGGUGAAAGUGGCAGCAGCUCCUCUAACAACAGAUUGGGCAAAACAAAACCAGACUUUAUUGCAGAAUCCUCUCCAAUUGGGAACUAAUGUUCCAGAGAGGCACAAUUCGGCCAAGAUGUCGGUGCAACCUGGUCAGGACUACUACAGACAGGAGAAGGUCAUGCAGCAGGUGGUGAUUCUGCCCUCCAAACAUGUCAUUCACAAAUCUGAGGAGCAACAGUCAAAAGCACUCAUGCACUUGUCCACCAGUGUUGCUGGCUUCUGCAUUCCUGACAAUGUUCCCCAAGUAGCUCUGCUGAAGGAUGCCCCGACAGUGAAGAUCCCUUCCCUUUCUUCCCCACCUUGUCAACAGCACAGGACCGAAAGCACACCCGGGUUCCAGGUUACACAACAUUCCCAAUCAAGCACUUCACAGACUAUUCAUCAAAAUCCUUCAUCCAUCAUAUCCACAACCACUUUCGCCUCUACUAUGCCCCCUAAACUUCCAGACCAUAAACAGGAACUUAAGACAAUAUGCAUACGUGAUUCACAGUCCAUCCUCGUGACGACAAGAGGAGGCAACACGGGCAUUGUCAAAGUCCAGACAUCGUCUGCCCAGAAUGCAGUGGAUGGAUUGUCCUCCAGUCCUAUCAUCACCAUUUCACCUCAGUUUAAAGCCUUCCUUGUGUCCAAGAGUGCAGAGGCCUCUUCUCUCUCUUUUAAAAAGAAUCCUUGUCCCACCGCAACAGUAGCCAGUGUCUCUAUAGCACAACCUCAGAAGCAGAUUCCUUCAGUAUUAAAGUCCUCUGCCACCACAAGUCCUACAGACCUAAGAAAUUUUACUUUGGGAACACCUGUUGCCUCAGUUCCAGGAUCCCACAAAUCAGAUGGUUCUACAGUUACAAGAAACAUUUACAACCCUGCGCAGACAUUAGCGAAACGUUCUCUGGUUGUAAAUAGUACUGUUGAUGGAAAUGCACGAGCCGAGGUUGUUGGUCAGCCUGGUUUGAAGCGGCCCAGCACAGAGGAGCAACACAAAGUUACAAAAUUUAUCCUGGUUACUCCCUCCUCCUGUGCCUCUACUGUAGCUAUUCCAAAAGAUACAUCUUCUACAAAUCUGCCUCUUGGUUCAAGAGUCAUGGUCAUCAACGAAACCUCUGCAACAACGUCCUGUGCUUCAGCGGGAAGUGUUCCAAAGCAGGCCAUGACAUCAGCGGUUAAUGGACAACAGCUAACUACAUCAUUAUCAAGUCCAUCUCUGAAGAUGGGAUUAAGCCCAGGUGUUGACUCAAAUGUGCUGUCCAAGGGAAAGAACAUCAGCCUCCCAACAGGUCUUCAGAUCCAGUUGUCAGGGAUGACAACAACCAUUGGACAGACCAUUGGUGCCCUAUCACGUUGCACUUCCACAAGCACACCAGUAUCUGUCUCAGAGACAAGACAUUCUCCUGCAACCACGACCCAAUUAGCCCCAUUCACAAAGUCAAAUACUGUCACGAGCUGUCUUAGCCAGCUUGUCGCCAAUGCCACUCUGUCCAGAACCUCUCAACCCCAUUCUUUCACAAUAGCUUCCCAAUUAGGGUCUUUCAUAUCUACUACUGCUACUCAUCCUGCAGGAAGUCUGCCCACAGGUGUAUUGACCAGCCGCCCUCGGGUAACCUCUUCUGCGCAGGGCAACCCAAACCCAUCCUCUGUGGCCACCCUUGCCCAUCAAUCCUCACAUGUGCUGGCUAAAGAAACUACCCCAAUGACAUCACCAUUUCAAAACGCUCUAAAUAAAACACAAUCCCAUAUCUUCUCAGCAACCACCAACAGUACACAAUGUAUGAGCCCUGCCACUGGGGCUAACAAUUCUCAGCAGAGGAUAGUCAUCAACACCUCAAAACACCUUGUCGCUGGCACACAAAUAUUUCUUAAUAAUACCUGUUUUGUAGUUCCUCCCCAGGGGUUGGGUCCAGGUAGCCAUGUGCUCAUCAUCUCUAACCCUUCUCCACAAAAAGUGCCUAAUGUCAGCGCUAGCACUAUUGGAACGGCAGCGCCUUUGCAAGGACUGAGUCAAGGUUCAAUAAUCCCUCAAGGACCAAUUUUACCCAAGUCCCAAGCAGGGUUACCUGGUGUCCCACUCGUGAAUUCACCUUUUGCAGUGUGCUCACCUGCCGUUGGUCCAACAAACGUCCAGGGCUCAUCACUAUUGCCCCCUAAUGUGAGUCUUGUAUCUACUCCGAGCUCACAGGUUUGUGACUCUGUGCUCAACACCCCCCCUCAGUUAGCCAAACAAGCAGCUCACAUUUCCUCAGUCGUAACUGGAGGCCUCAGUCUUGGUUCUGCACUUAUGCCGCCUCGUGCUGAGUGUUCCACUACUAUUUCACCUCUGAAUGCAUCAGUUUUGCCCCGAUUGCCUGCUCCUUUAUCAUCUUUGCCCAGCCUGAUCGCUACUCGCCACUCCCUCCCAGAGGUUUUAGCAACGACCAGGGACUCGUGCAUACAGCCGCCCGCUACAUCUAGAGUUACAGUGUCCUCUAUUACGCAUCUGGGCCUUGGCAUCACCUCAGUGUCUAAGCAGGCACCGUCAGUCAUUCACGAAGUGUUCGCAGGCUCGUCAGCACCAAGAAUCCAGAACCUACCAACAUCAACAGUUACACCAAUCGAAAGCACCGCAGACGCUUUGGAAACGUCAUGUGCGGUUACCUUAUCUCCACCCCCCGCCACAUUUCAACCAAUCACACUGUUGACCACAAACCCCAUCCACCAGUCCAUCGCCCUGACCAAUCAGGCCCUGGUUAAGAUUUCCUUGCAGAAAUCCCCCUUAGGUAUGGCUAACAGUGUAGCAAAUAAGCUGCUCAUCAGUCCCGAUGGUGCCAUUUUGAGCUCGGUACAAUGCCAGGCCAAAGCAGCCGAGCCGAACAUGUACCCUAAAAAGACCGCAUUGAUUCUCACCCCCAACACUUCCAGCAGAACUUGGCGUCACCAGCCGACACCAAGUCAACCAAAUAACUGAGACCACGAGUCUGAAAUAUUUAUGCACUUGUUACUAAAUCUGCUCUGCAGCUAUGAAGAAAAGUAGGGUCAGACUUGUUUUUUUCUCGUUUGAUAACUACUGAGGUUAAUGAAAGAUCUGUGUUUUGGACUUCAUGGCCAGUAAUGACAACUGAGGGGAAUGGAGGUUAAAUGGAGUUCAUCUUUUAUUGUAAUUAGUGCUUUAAAAGCCAACCGUUUGAUAAGGUUCAUUGGUACAACAUGCUACUACUUUAAAUGUUUCAUGGAAGAUAACACUUCUGUCCGUUUGUUCAUAAGAGUUUGAAAAACUACGUUUUACAUUGUAGGAAAUGUAAAAAUACCUCUUGUUGGAUUUGUACUACAUGUUUGAGCCCAUGUAAAAUGUUUUUUAGUCACUUUGUAUUUAUUUUCUACCAUACUGAUUUGGCAACUCUUUGCUAGGUUUGAGGAACAAAUAUGGAGGUCAAAGUGUGGAAAUAAACAAUGCAUCUGUGAGCAUUUAGUUUUUGCGUUUCUUCACUGUACAAAGACGCAUUGUAGUGUUUUUCAUCAUUGGUUGAAACCACAUAGUACAUUGUGUAAAUAUUAGCCACACAAAAUUGUUUAAUGGAUACAUUAACAGCUAAGAUAUAUCGAUGGUGGCAUCAGAUGAACUUGUGCUUCGGUUUCCUUCUUGUCUGGGUGUCUGUCCUCUUUUGUCCUGUUUUUAAGGUGAGUAGGGAGGAGGCAAUGGACCUGAGGAGAGCUUUUCAUAGGCUGGAGGGGCAUUUGGCAUCUGGAGAAGUCAAUGACAAGCAGUGUGUAAUGUAUACGAAACGUCACAUUUAGCA